AUGGCGUCAUCACCCUCGUCGCCCACGUCUUCUUUCUUCUCCCGCUUCCUCUCCUCGGCACUCCGAUCGAAACCGCUGUCUCCGGCGGGGGAUACUGCCGUCCUCACGAGCUCCGGCGAUGGCCUGGUACGGCGGCUGGGCCUCUUCGAUUUGAUCCUGCUUGGCAUCGGCGCGUCAAUUGGCGCUGGUAUCUUUGUCGUCACCGGCACCGUCGCUCGCGAUGCUGGUCCCGGAGUCACUAUUAGUUUCACUGUAGCAGGGGCUUCUUGCGUGCUCAAUGCACUCUGUUAUGCUGAACUAGCCACUCGCUUUCCGGCGGUUGUCGGGGGAGCGUAUUUGUACACGUACUCGGCUUUCAAUGAGCUUACAGCUUUUCUCGUGUUUGCUCAGUUGAUGCUCGACUAUCAUAUUGGUGCUGCCAGCAUAGCACGUAGCCUGGCGAGCUAUGUAGUAACCGUCCUUGAGCUGAUUCCUUUCCUCAAGGAUAGCAUUCCCAGCUGGGUUGGGCAUGGUGAAGAAGUUUUUGGAGCUAUAUCUAUUAAUAUAUUAGCUCCUAUACUGCUUCUGCUUCUAACUGUGAUUCUGUGUUGGGGAGUUGGAGAGUCUUCGUUACUGAACUCAAUCAUGACAAUUACAAAGGUGCUCAUUGUUCUCUUUGUCAUCCUUGUUGGAGCAUUUAAGGUCGACAUAUCAAACUGGACUCCUUUUGCCCCAAAUGGAGUAAAGUCAAUAUUGACUGGGGCAACAGUCGUCUUCUUUUCAUAUGUUGGAUUCGACGCGGUUGCUAAUUCUGCUGAGGAAUCCAAGAAGCCCCAGAGGGACUUACCUUUCGGCAUAAUUGGUAGUCUGAUCGUGUGUGUGGCACUGUACGUUGGGGUCUGCUUGGUAAUUACUGGGAUGGUACCGUACCAAUAUCUUGGGGAAGAUGCUCCUCUAGCUGAGGCUUUCACCUCCAGGGGCUUGAAAUACGUAUCUGUCUUAAUCAGUUUUGGUGCCGUUGCUGGACUCACAACCACACUCUUAGUUGGGCUUUAUGUUCAGUCUCGGUUGUACCUCGGGCUUGGUAGGGAUGGUUUGUUACCAGCCAUAUUUGCCAGAGUACACCCAAAACGGCAUACCCCAGUUCAUUCACAAGUUUGGGUUGGUCUUGUUGCCAGCAUCCUGGCUGGACUGUUUAACGUGCGGAUACUCUCACAUAUUCUGUCAGUUGGAACAUUGACUGGCUACUCAGUUGUCUCAGCAUGUGUAGUGAGCCUUCGCUGGAAGGAUAAGACUCCUAGCCGGGCUUAUAGUGGGAGCAUUUCCAAAAGGGCAGAAGGCAUUAUCUGUCUUCUUGCUGUAGCCUUUUGUGGUUUUGCAGCCGGAGUCCUGUUCCGUUAUGAUGCUUCCUUUGUUUAUCUGCUUUUAGCUGCUGCGAUUGCAAUAUUUUCUGCUGCAGCUCUUCAUCUUCGACAAGUUUAUGCCGUGCCACCUGGUUUUUCCUGUCCCGGAGUUCCAAUCAUUCCAUCUGUCAGUAUAUUCUUCAACAUUUUUCUGUUCGCUCAGCUUCACUACGAAGCCUGGGUGAGAUUUGUAGUGCUCAUCAUUAUCACAAUCGGCAUAUACGCGUUCUAUGGGCAGUAUCAUGCAGACCCUCUGAGUUCUAAUUCAUCCAUUAUUUACCAUCAAGCACCCGCUGACGAAGCUCAGUAA